GCCGCCAUUUUGGCGCUGAGGUUUGGCAAGCGGAGCCCGGAGCUGGGGCGGCGGCGCUCCUCGAACUGGGCCGGGUCCAGCCUGCAGCCGUUGCCUGAAGGAGGAAGCGUGAGGAGAUGCACCGCCGCUGAGGGGACGCGCCCAGGCCCGCCCGCCGCCCUUCGUGAGGCCCGCCCGCCAUGUCGUCGGCCGCCCGCUUUGACGCGUCGGACCGCUCGGCCUGGUACGCGGGCCCGCUGUCGAGGGCCGAGGCGCAAUCGCGGCUUCAGGGCCAGCGCCACGGUACCUUCCUGGUGCGCGACUCGUCCACCUGUCCCGGCGACUAUGUCCUGUCGGUCUCGGAGAACUCCCGCGUCUCGCACUACAUCAUCAACUCGCUGCCCGGGCGGCGCUUCAAGAUCGGCGACCAGGAGUUCGAGCACCUGCCUGCCCUCCUCGAGUUCUACAAGAUCCACUACCUGGACACCACCACCCUCAUCGAGCCCGCGCCCAGGUAUCCAGCUCCACUAAUGGGAUCUGGAUCAGCCCCUACUGUGCCUGCUGCAGAAGAGAAUGUGGAAUACGUUCGGACUCUUUAUGACUUCCCUGGAAAUGAUGCAGAGGAUUUGCCAUUUAAAAAGGGAGAGAUACUGGUCAUUGUAGACAAGCCUGAAGAACAGUGGUGGAGUGCCAGAAACAAAGAUGGCCGUGUUGGGAUGAUUCCUGUUCCUUAUGUUGAGAAGCUUGUGAGAUCGUCUCCACAUGGGAAGCAUGGGAACAGGAAUUCCAACAGCUAUGGGAUUCCUGAACCUGCCCAUGCUUAUGCUCAGCCUCAGACCACAAAUCCUCUUCCCAAUGUAUCUAGUGCUCCUGGGGCAGUGAUCAAUCCGCUUCCAUCAACACAAAAUGGACCAGUCUAUGCCAAAGCGAUUCAAAAGAGAGUUCCAUGUGCUUAUGACAAAACCGCCUUGGCAUUAGAGGUUGGUGAUAUUGUGAAGGUCACAAGGAUGAAUAUAAAUGGUCAGUGGGAAGGUGAAGUCAACGGUCGGAAAGGUCUCUUCCCUUUCACACACGUCAAAAUAAUUGACCCUCAGAAUCCAGAUGAAAAUGAGUGAUGCGCAUUGCCCCUUUUCUGCAUUGCUGCUUCGUUUUCCUGGCUAUCAUGAGCAUCGUUUGAAGUGGAAUGAUAAUUGUUAAUGGCAUGUGGUAAGCAUUGCCGGUUGCCUGUUUCCCAGCUUGCUACGAUAUGAUGGACCUGUUGUUUGUUUGGAAUGCAUACAACUGAUGUUGCUUGUUGGUGCUCAUGUGGACAGUUGCAUAAUUCAAAAUUUAGUCACUCCUAGAAGGAUUUUGGACCUUCAGCGGCAGAAGAUUAGUGGUGCCACCCCAGCAGAGCAGCUGGGGGGCAAAACAUCAGCAUUUGCUGCUGAGGCAUCCAAAGACAACGUUCUGCUCUGAAGUGAAUUCUAAGCAUCUCUACCAACACAGAGCACCAGUGACAAAAAUGCAAUUUUAUUUUUCCCUCUGGAGAAGGAAAGACUUGAUUUGAAAGAGAAUAAACUGUUAAAGCAGCAGUGCAUUUGGAAUAAUAACCUCUAGGCUGUAUAAUCGGAGUUUGUGUUAAUAAGACACGUCUUUGUGAGUUUGUCAUUGACCUAGAAACAAAUUUGGGAUGACAGCAAAGAACCAUUUUAAAGUAUUGCAUCGCAGUAGAAGCUUUUAUUUAUAAGUGUGAUGUGUCUGUUUGUCACAUCCCUAACUAAAAUCUAGCAUUUAAACUUGCAUCUAGGGAUUGUUUGCAAAAUUAUUGAGGAUAAUUUUUAAAUAACCUUUCAAAUGUCCCUAGAUUUUUAAACAAAUUUUAGAACACAUUAGUUCUCACACCAUACACACAAGCUUGGGUGAAAUGGCACUUUCUGCCUCUUUAAAAACAAAAACAAAACUCCUCACCAAGCAUUGAUAAUCACUAAUAGAGAAUACAAAUGUAAAUUGAAAGAUAUCAUUUAGACAUUUUUAAUUCUUCUGUGCCCUGCUGUGUUAACUGAACUGUAGCUUCUCUGCUUUAGGUUUUGAACAGUGUAACCAGGAGUGGAAAAUGCAGAAAGUUGAAUUGGCAAUUGAGGAAUGGCUCCCUAAAGUCUCAUUUUUAAAUCUUAAGGAUUUUGGACUUGAGAAGCCCCAGGUUCAACUCAGUGUUAAAGUGCCUUAAUUUGAGAAUGAAAGGCGCUGAUGGCGUGCAGUUUCAGCAAAGAAUUCAGGACUGAACGUAUUCAGUCUCAAGAAAAGUGUUUUCAUUCAUUGACUUUUAAAACUAUGGCUACUUGUCCAGAGAAAGCUCUCUUGGCAAAAAAGGAGAGAGCAAUUUUACUGCCAAACAAAGAUACUGUGAAUUAGACUAGCCUCAAUGCUCCAGGAAGUGUUUCCACCUUGGGGGUAGAGACCCCUUGCUUUCUGUAAUGGAAAGUUCUGCAGCUAUUCAGUGGAAUCCCCAGUUGUCCCUGUUGAUUUGUCUUUUGUUGCUGCAGAAUAGUACUACUGAGCUUUGCAUUAUGAAUAUUUAAGCUGCACUAAAGAUCAGUCUGCCAUAAGAUAGUCCUGCUACACAGCUGGCCUAACACUGUCUGGUGAUAAGAAUGUGUGUGACUCUUCUUAAGAACACUGUGUGGAUGCUUUUAACUUGCCUGCUUGCUCCUGGUGCUUUCCAAACACGCUUCCUUCGUUCUGCCAUAUAGAUACUUGAUCCAGAAUUCUCUACUAAACACAUUUUAGGAUUGCAAAAAAAGAGAGGCAUCUAUGCAAGCAAGUGUUGAGCCACUCCCAGGAUCACAGUUGUCGGGGGUUCUCAAGGAUUUUCAGAGGUUGACUCUCACAUCCCUCUGAAGCCUAAAUGGGAAUGGUCUGUUUCAUGGCUAAUCGGUGCUGCUUAAGUGUAGCACACUAAGUUGAUCACUGGCAAAACUUACAUCACUGUUUUCUUCACUGUUUUAAUAGUAAAAAUAAAUGCUGCAUUUGCUCUGGUCUGUAGGGUUACCAAGGACGGAAUUAAGGCUGUCCUUGCUCUUUUGUACACCUGUGCUGUGUCUCGGGUAAUCCUGAGAGCUCUUCAGUCUAUGCAUUAUUACAUGGGUGUAAAAAGCCUUGUAGUGCAAUCCUUAGCAUGAUUACUCAAAAACAGGUCUCAUUGAGAUCAAUGGGACUUGCUCCCUAGUAAGUGUAUGUAGGAUUGGUUUCAGAUUGGUAAUUGGCUUAAAUCCGUGCUCUCAAAGAAAGUCUUUGGAAAGUUUGCCACUCCUAUAAUACCAGUUGGUGCCUCUAAGCAAGAGGGGAGUGGGAACUGGUGCCACUAGCUAAAGCGCUAAAAGAAAUCAGGAUUGUUUACAAAUCAGGCAGGAAUAUGUAAAAGGGAAUAUCCUGUUUUGGUUGGGGUUUUGGGGGGGCAACCCCUAUUUUGUAAAGGGAUAGAAAGCAUUCUCUGUGCCAUUUCAUGUGCCUACAGUAAUUUUUUGUAUUGUGUAAUUAACAUCCUGGGACUGAGUAGGCUGUCCUUUCUGUUUUGUAGUAGGGUUGUCCAGCAUCUCCAACAAAAAGUGACACAUGACUGCAGGCUUCCUUUGUGGGACCAGUAGAAGGUUCUGCCUAGCUGUUAAAACUGUCCUGUUUUCCUACUUUGUGUUACUAAAUGCAAGCAUGUCUGGAACUAGGAAAUAUGUUUUAUUUUUACAGAGGGAAAGGUGGCCUUGUACUUAAAACAGUCUUUACUGUGCAAACAGUUGUAUGUAAUUGAGGUAUCAUUUGAAUUUCAGGCAAUAAUGUAUUAUGCUUUGUCUUAUUUGGGGGAUCAUCAUAGCUUGUUUUGUUUUGUUUUCUUGUGCUACAAAAUUUUAACAGUAUUAACUAUAUUCUUAGAACACAUGAAGUGUCUUUCUUAAGAUUAGUGCCUUUUCAUUGUCUUACUUAAUUUACUUUGCUGUUGGUCCUGUCAUCAAUCCAGUGUUCAGUGCCCAGUUUGUAUAUUCUCAAUAAAACCUACAUCACCUUGCAGCAGCA